AAGCAUGAUCGGAGCAGAACUCAUUGCGGAAACGUUACGGCAAUUAGGAGUGGAGCAUGUCUUUGGUAUUGUUGGUAUUCCAGUGGUUGAGAUCGCUGAUGCCUGCAUUGAGAAAGGCAUUCGGUUUAUUCCCUUUAGGAACGAACAGCAAGCCUCUUUAGCAGCUUCAAUAUACGGCUAUUUGACCAACAAGCCGGGGGUCUUACUAACUGUUGGAGGACCGGGAAUUGUCAACGCCCUAGCUGGCGUCUACAAUGCCAACUCCAACAAAUGGCCGCUCAUGGUCAUGGCCGGAUCAACUAAAAUAUGCCUACAAGGAAAAGGCGGAUUUCAAGAAUUGGACCAGGUCAGUCUGAUGAAGCCAUGGGCAAAAAGUAGCUUUCGCGCAGUUCUAAGCAGCCAAAUACCGCGGUUUCUCGAGAGGGCAUAUUGGACUUCUAUAGCAGAUGUUCCCGGGACAACAUAUGUCGACUUGCCAGACGACCUUAUCAAACAAGAAUGCUACGAAGAUAUUCGAGUAAUGAAGUUCGAUUUUUCAUUACUCUCGCCUAUAACUCCAGAACUAACAAGAAUAAAAAGGACCAGCGAACUCCUGAAAGAUGCCAGGUUUCCGCUGCUGAUAAUUGGCAAGGGAGCAGCAAAUGCAUCACAGACACUCAGACAGUUUGUGGGAACUCACCACAUCGCAUUCCUUCCCACGCCAAUGGGAAAAGGAAUAAUUCCAGAUGCUUCCGAUUGUAAUGUUUCUUCUGCAAGGUCAUUGGUUUUGAAGCAUGCAGACGUGGUGCUAGUAGCAGGGGCCAGAUUGAACUGGAUUCUCCAUUUUGGAGAGCCUCCUAAAUUCAACAAAGAUGUCAAAAUUGUUCAAAUUGACACUGAUGCCGGCGAGAUUGCGCGAAACGUGAGCAGUUUGAAGCUGGGAAUCCUGGGAGACGUCGGAAGCACGAUGGGCUCCAUCAGCGACCAACUGAAUGGACACCAAUUUCCAGCGCUUCCUAAAAUAAUCGUCGAGCUGAUUGAGAAAAGAGAGCAAGCAUUGCGACAACAGGAAGAAAUUGUAAAUGGUGAUCUUAUGCCUAGUCACACUCAAGCACUAGCUGCCAUUAGAAAACACAUGCCUGCAGAUGCAAACAUCGUGGCCGAGGGCGCUCGUACAAUGGAUCUGUCCCGACAGAGUUUGUAUCUAGGCGAGCCUCGCCAAAGAUUGGAUGCAGGGACCAAUGGCACGAUGGGCAUUGGUUUGGCAUAUGCAGUGACAGCGAAACUGACCAAGGGAAAUAAACCGUUGAUUGUCAUACAAGGGGAUUCCGCCUUUGGCUUCUCGGCUAUGGAGAUCGAGACGCUGGUCCGAGAACGACUUCCCUGUCUGAUAAUAGUGCUCAAUAAUUCUGGAAUAUACAGUGGAGUUGAAAACCCACAUGAGUAUAUUCCAUACACCAACAAACCACUCCCUUCGACGGCGCUGACUUUUGGGGUUCGGUACGAAAAUAUCAGCAGCUCGUUGGGUGGGACCGGCUAUUAUGUGCAGAAAUGCAGGGAGCUGGAUGACGUAUUGAAAAAAGGGAUGGAAGACAUGUUGAGCGGAAAAAUUGUUUUAAUCAACGUGUUGGUGAAAACACACGCAAAAUUAUAGCGGUAAGACUAUAUUUUCUAAGUUCAAAAAGUAGCAGUCUCAUUCAGUUGGAACGAGUACUCUGGGAUCUGCAUACCUUGGGAUCCAGUUUUCCCGUUUUUGUCAUCCUUUUGGUCAGGCUUCUUUUUUUUGAUGUACUUCGACUUCUCCCUCUCUUCCAACGGCGGUAACCUUGGUCUUCCACGCUUGCGUUUUUCCGAAGGUACAUCUGGCUGAGGAGGUGGAAAUUUGCGAGGUCGUCCUCGCUUGCGUUUUUCCCUGCCGGUUUCAGGCUUCUCGCGUUUAAUUUCCUCGUCAGCCUUAGGUUCAGGCGUGGAAGACAUCGCGGACUCAGGCUUAUCAGUAGGUGAUGUAUCUCUGCUCUCCGGACUCUUCGAAAGCGUGUAGGGGAGGAGAUUGGAGGAUGCCGGUCCCGUGUUUUUGGUGACUGGAGGCGGUAGAAUGUAAUGCGGUUUGCUAGUCAAUGACAGCGAGGAAAUCGGGGACGGCACAUCUGGAGGAAGACUGAGUACCGGGAGUUUCACAGAUGAAC